AGCGUGCCGGAACGAUGCUCCCAGUAUAAUUGUUGAGGGCCCUGGCUCAAGUUCGCUCAAAGUGUCUGCGGCCCUGGUUUGCCUCGCACCCCAAAACCGCUCCCCACACAGACCCAAAUGGCCAACCCCGUGGAGCUUGUGCUGGAUGCAGUGGGCUUCGGCGGCUACCAGUGGCGUGUGGUGCUGCUGUGCUCGGCGGGCUACUUCGCCGUGUGCUCCGAGCUGCUGCUCGUGGUGUUCUUUGAGGCCCCCUUGAGGAGCAAGUUUGCGCUUACCGAGGCGGAGUAUGCCUGGUUUCCUUUCAUUGCGAGCCUGUGCUCAUUCGCUGCCUCCAUAUGGGCGGGCAAGCUGGUCGACCUGUACGGCAGGAGGCCCGUCUUCACGGGCUCGCUGCUGCUUGUGGGAGGCGCUGGGCUGCUCUGCUCGCUGUGUGCGAGCUUCCCCGCGCUGGUCGCUAUGCGCUCCCUGGCUGGCAUGGGGACUGGGGCGCUGGCGGUAGUGGAUUACGUCGUCUUCCGGGAGUUCGCCCCGACUCGCUCCCGCGGCCGGUACCUCCACGCCAUCUUCGCGACCGGCUGCUUGGGCGUUCUGUACCUGGCUGCGCUUGCUGCCUUCGUGCAGGUCGGGUGGCGGUGCCUUGUCGUGCUGGCGGCUCUUCCGACCUUGCCAGCAGGGUGCCUCCGGUACGUCCAGUCGGACGAGACGCCGCACUACCUCGCCUCGAGGGGGCAGCACGCCGACGCGUACGUCGUGCUGGAGCGGAUCGGCAGCGUCAACGGGAAUUCAGGCAGGCUCCCGCAAGAGCAGGAGCUCAUGCGAGCCAUGGCCACCGAGGGAGAGCGGGGGGCUGCAUGCGAUCGAGGCGCGCCGGCGUCGGUGCUGCGCCUCUCCCCCGGCCGCGUCACCGCGCCGUUGGCGGCGAUCUGGCUGCUCCAGAGCACCGCCUAUUGGGGCCUGACGCUCUUCCUCCCAGAGUUUCUCGUGGCGGCCGGGAGUGCCCGCCAAUCGGACGAUCUUCGCCAUGGUCGCUUGCGAGCUGCCUGGCUGCGGCGUUGCGGCGCUGCUGGUGGACCACCCGCGCGUUGGGCGCGUGGGGACGCUGCGCAUCAACCUCGCCGCUGCUUCCGCGGCGGCCUUCACCCUUAGCCCACUGGCGCUCCCACCCAGAGUUGUGAUCCUGCUUUCUUGCGCAGUGUACUUUUUCAUGAUCCCCGUCUGGGCGGUCCUCUUCCUCUACACCCCCGAGUCGUACCCCACCGAGUCUCGCGGGACUGCCAUGGGGAUGUUCCAGACCCUACAGGGGGUUCCGAGCCUCUUCUCGCCAUUCCUGAGCGCGAAGCUCGUGACGACGGGCCAGGCCUACACAGCGACGUGGGGCGGCUGCCUGCUCCUCGCCCUGCUGAGCACAGCGGCGUUGCCUUCGCGACCGCCCUCGCCGUCACCAGCAAGCAUCCUGCUAACCCCGACUGGGGAUUGAGGGCCCGCGGCUGGUUGGCAAUAUGUACUAGCCGCGUUGUUGCGCCGCGCGUAGUUUGCGGCAGCUUCUGUGGGUACAGUCGGGCAAAAAUUUUGGCUUACCGCCAAUGCGAAUGCUCACUGAUACUCAAGUAAACGCAAUAAUGCACGAGAGACAGCCAGCUGCUAGACGCGCGUGAUCAAAAGUAGCGCAGCGACGGUUUCAUCGCCUCUUUCCGCGUUUUCUUCCAAGGCCAAAGCGUUUCGGAGGGACAUAUUCCAUUACCCGGUAGCCCCGACUCGUAUAGGAAGAGCGCACGCGCGCGCUCCCACCACCAUCUUGGCUUACAGUGCGCGCACGGACUAAGACGCUCUUUUGCCGCCAUGUUACUACCUCUCACCCAUGCCACCCG